AUGGUUACUCCAAUCAUAAACACGCUGGGGAACUGCAGGCACCCGACCUCCUGGAAUUUCCUGUUCCUCAUCAUCCGAUCCAGACUCCUUCCGAAACCGACGCCACCAACGUUGUGCGUGUCUUCCGGCGUCACCACGUUUCCCGACGUCCAGACCGGAAGAGACGGCGGGCUCCGAGACCUUCCCGCCAUACCGCCAUAUUGUACUCUCAUCCCAACUCCAGCAAUAGGCCUCUGGCUAGUUCUUGCCUCCCGAGUAGGCACUGGGGACCUCAUGCCGCUGCCGUUCACCUCUCCUCUCUGCCGUCCGCCUCCGGAUAUCCUCACUGGGGCGGGCUGUAAGCGUGUAGGAGGCCGCGAUCGCCUGGCCCUCCUACCGCCAUCUGUGGCUACCUCCAUCUCUGCAGGCACCGAAGCCACUCCCAGACGUCCCUCCACACCAUCCAGCACAUCCUCCAAUGAACCGGAGCCAUGGGGAUAA